AUGAAUCGUUGGUUCAUAUUGGCUUCAAUUCUUAUUGACUUCGCUGCUUGUCAAGCUCCUGCUCAAGCUGCACUAUUGAGCUCAUUCGGACAAUGUUCUUACACAGGUGAUCCACAUCUUAUACCAUUUCCAACAGGAGUAAACCAACCAGUUAAUAUGUAUUUUUGUAACAAGAGCCAAUGGGAAGUACUUCUUCAAAAUAAAUGGAUUUUGGUUAUUGUUAAAGCCGGUCCAAGCCCAUUUGUUAUUGUUGAUCAUUUGGUCAUAUUCUUUGAUGGCAACUUAGGUAUUAAAUGUAUAUUAAGUGGUAGUCUUGGCUUAUCAACAUGCCCACUUACUUCAUCAGUUGUAUCAAUCACAAAUACACUUGGAACAGCAUGGAGUCAUUGGUAUCCGGCUGCCUCAUUCUUGAAUAUUCAAAUUACAUCUUACCCGUGGGGAGUAGCCAAACGUUAUGAUAUAACUAUUCGAGAAACAUUCGCUUUGAUUGGCCAAUCAGCAGGUCUCUGUGUUAAACACAAUUGUCCAUUAGAAAGAGUUAUAUCAGUUCCACCUCCAGUUGUUGUAAAGGUUUGCGAGAUUUAUAUUAGCGCAGUACCACGACAAUAUGCAGCUGGUCUUGCUGCGAACUUCGUUGGUCUUGUACAACUUGCUUGCCAUAAUGAUCUCUUACUUACAAAGAACAUGAGAUUUGCUCAAACAACACUUCCUCUUUUGGUUUACAGUGCUCUUUCCCAAUUGAAUAGUGAUAACUAUAAAGCUGGCGUUAUUAAAGCCGAAGCGGAUAUUAGUGCAGCUCUUGUUCUAGCCGAUGCUGCAGCUCUGGCUGAAGUCGCAAAGAAUGGAAUAUGUUGGGAAGGAAAGCAUUGUUUAUCGACCGGCGAUGAUUAA